AUGAACGAAGCAGAACAUGCUGAAACCUUUCCUUUUGAGCGUCUACCCUUAGAGUUACAGAGACACGUCCUCACCUACGUACUUCCUCAAUCCCAGAGCAUAAAGUUUAGAUGGGGCCCAUAUCCCGAAGAACCCAACUAUAAACCGAAAUGGAUCAUCGAGACGCGACCAAUAGGCGCUGUGCUUCCUUGGGAGAACCAUCAUGAAAGAGAAACGAACGGUAGCCAGCACAUCAGCGACAGGCUAUCCGACUAUGCCGCUUUGAUACGCGUGAAGACCCUGGCACAAGAAGCGAAAGGAAACCUCCGCAUCAUCCUGAACAUCCGUUCGGGGGACAGCACGGCCGCGCCGUGUAAUCGGCUCCGAGCGCGCUUACAGCAGAUCGUCACACAACUCACUCUUCACGCCGAGGACAAGGAUCAAAAGUCUCUGUUGAAGAAACUCGAGAUCAGUGUGGCGGUCGAUAGUCUUGAUCUCGUGGAUGUCAAGGAAGUCGAGUUGGAAGGAUGCGGAUGA